CGCAGCCGCCGCCGCCGCAGCCCCGGACGCCUGGGUCCCCUCCCGGACGCCUGGGUCCCCUCCCGGACGCCUGGGUCCCCCCGGACGCCUGGGUUCCUUUCCCUCCCCCCUCCCCCCAACCCCAUCCUGACCCCCUCCCCCCCCUCCCAUCUCCCGGACGCCUGGGUCCCCUCUCUCUCUAUCCUCCGGACGCCUGGGUCCCUCCCGGACGCCUGGGUCCCCACCAUGAAGGACCGGACCCAGGAGCUCCGCAGCGCCAAGGACAGUGACGAUGAGGACGAGGUCGUCCACGUCGACCGCGAUCACUUCAUGGACGAGUUCUUUGAGCAGGUGGAGGAGAUCCGCGGGUGCAUCGAGAAGCUGUCGGAGGACGUGGAGCAGGUGAAGAAGCAGCACAGCGCCAUCCUGGCCGCCCCCAACCCCGACGAGAAGACCAAGCAGGAGCUGGAGGACCUGACGGCCGACAUCAAGAAAACGGCCAACAAAGUGCGCUCCAAGUUGAAAGCCAUCGAGCAGAGCAUCGAGCAGGAGGAGGGGAUGAACCGCUCGUCGGCCGAUCUGCGCAUCCGCAAGACACAGCACUCGACGCUGUCCCGCAAGUUCGUGGAGGUGAUGACCGAGUACAACGCCACCCAGUCCAAGUACCGCGACCGCUGCAAGGACCGGAUCCAGCGCCAGCUGGAGAUCACCGGGCGGACGACCACCAACGAGGAGCUGGAGGACAUGCUGGAGAGCGGGAAGCUGGCCAUCUUCACCGAUGACAUCAAGAUGGACUCCCAGAUGACCAAGCAGGCGCUGAACGAGAUCGAGACGCGGCACAACGAGAUCAUCAAACUGGAGACCAGUAUCCGCGAGCUGCACGACAUGUUCGUGGACAUGGCCAUGCUGGUGGAGAGCCAGGGGGAGAUGAUCGACCGCAUCGAGUACAACGUGGAGCACUCGGUGGAUUACGUGGAACGCGCCGUGUCCGACACCAAGAAGGCCGUAAAGUACCAGAGCAAGGCGCGGAGGAAGAAGAUCAUGAUCAUCAUCUGCUGCGUGGUGCUGGGCGUGGUCCUGGCCUCGUCCAUCGGGGGCACCCUGGGCCUGUAGCCCCUCCCCCCGCCCCUCCCCCCCCCAUUAAUCACCCGUUAAUUAACUCCCGCGAACGAGACCGACCCCCCCGCGCGCCCCCAAUAAACAAUGAGAUGAUUCA